AGUCCUGCCUGGCUUCCGGGCCCCGCGCCGCUCUUCCCUCCAGAACUCCCUGCUCGCCAGCCUUGGGCGGAGCGCACAGAGCCACUUGUGUGCCCUGCCCCGAGACCAUGGCCUGCCUGAGCCCCUCCCAGCUCCAGAAGUUCCAGGAGGAUGGAUUCCUGGUGCUGGAAGGAUUCUUUUCUGCAGACGAGUGUGUGGCCAUGCAACGGAGGAUUGGUGAGAUAGUGGCUGAGAUGGACGUCCCUCUCUACUGCCGCACAGAAUUUCUCACUGGAAAGGAAGAGGAGCAGCUGCGAGCCCACGGUAGCUCAGACUAUUUCUUGAACAGCGGUGACAAGAUUCGAUUCUUCUUUGAGAAAGAUGUUUUUGACAAAGAAGGAAAUUUCCUGGUCCCUCCGGAGAAAUCCAUCAACAAAAUUGGCCAUGCUCUGCAUGCCCGUGACCCCCUCUUCAGGUGUGUCACCCACUCCUCUAAGAUGCAGGACUUGGUCAGAAGUCUGGGCCUCCAGAUGCCCGUGGUGGUGCAGAGCAUGUACAUCUUUAAGCAACCUCACUUUGGCGGCGAAGUCUCCCCACACCAGGAUGCCUCCUUCCUGCACACGGAGCCACUGGGCCGGGUGCUGGGCAUAUGGAUCGCGCUGGAGGAUGCCACGCUGGAAAACAGCUGCCUUUGGUUCAUUCCUGGCUCCCACACCAGUGGAGUGUCGAAAAGAUUCAUCCGGGAUCCUGCUGGCUCAGGGCCUGGCACCAGCUUCCUUGGGUCCGAGCCAGUCCGAGAUCAGAGCCUCUUUGUGCCCACACCAGUGCAGAGAGGGGCCCUCAUCCUAAUCCACGGAGAAGUGGUGCACAUGAGCAAGCAGAAUCUUUCUGACCGCUCACGCCACGCCUACACUUUCCACGUCAUGGAGGCCUCUGGCACUGUCUGGAGCCCAGAGAACUGGUAGGCGGCAGGAUGCUCCAGCCAACAGCUGAGCUCCCGUUCCCACCACUGUACACCUAAAGGCCCUCUCGGGGCUGGGGCACUGUCCCCUCCCAGGUGAAGCUGUGGGCAAAAACCAGUGCGUCACCCCAGUGCCCAGCAGUCAUGGGGAAGUUCUUGUAUCACUGUCCGCCCCUCAGCCCUGCAGACAGGCAGCAGGAGCCUGGGCUGGGCGGCUCUCUUGAGAUCUCUCUCUGCCUCCCUCCUUCCUCACCCUCCCACCCCACAACACACACACACAGAUGCAGCCUCUCAGCCACGAAGGGGUUCUGGCUACUUCUUGCCAGCUUUUCACUUUUCUCUCAGAUGGAACUCUGAUUAUUACCAUGCAAGACACAGAAUAAAAACAAUUUUUUGAAUGCA